AUGUAAAAAAGGAAGGGUAUUCGAGUUAAGUUUUAAUAACAAUAAAACACCCUCUUCCGUUCAUCUUUUUUCCUUAGUUACACCAAGUCCAAAAUCACCUAAGUACCUAGAAAGAGUAUGUCUACUGACUUUAGCUUUCAUGGCUGCUUCUUUAAGAGAUACAUCACCGUGAUAAAUCUCCUGAAUAAGGUCCUUUACAUCAUUUUCUUUUAAAAUCCUAUCUCGACCACACAUGCCACACUCAAGAAAAAUGUUGUUAGUGCUUUCAUAUUUCUUUAUUACCCUAGUAGCAUGUGUUCUAGUUAUGAUAUAGCCUAGUUCUUCAAUUAAUUUAACUAUCUAGGUAACAUUGAAUUCACUUUUUUUCAAGGCUAUAAUCAUUCCCUUAAUCAUUCUUCUUUACAUUUUAGAAUGAAUUUCUCUUUUCUUUCUAGGAGUAUGCUCAUUCUCAGUUUGUUCAGUUUACAUACUUCUGUCUUCUAUACUUAUUAAAUCUUCUUUAGACUCUUAUAAACUAGUAUAGUUUUGAAGCUUGUGUGUACCAUAAAAAUUGCUGAGGCAACAUUGAGGAUCUUCUAAAGAUAUAUAUUCAUCUUUGCAUAAAUUUGCAUUAGAACCCAAAUUUGUGUAUGA